UCUACCCAUAUUUUGAGGGGAUGACUGGAAAUAGUGUGAUAUGGCAACCCCAGGAAGUGGAAGAUCUCCUUCUGUAUUUCAAAGAGAAAAUUAAGGAGUGUGGGAAUGCCCUAGUUCUAAGGGAGGUACAUCAUGAGGAUUGUGCUCGAAGAAUCAAUGAAAAAUAUGGUUCUAACUUCACAGCGAGACAAGUUUACAACAAGUACCACAAACUCAAGGGUGAAUGGAAAGUGAUCAUGGAUGCAAAGUCUGUAAGUGGUGCUAGUUUUGAUGAAGUGCAGAAAAAGAUAAUCCAUGAUGAAAUAGAGGUUGUGAAGAUGAAAUCUAAUAAUGAUAAGAGAGCCAAGUACUAUAAUGUUCCAAUCCAAUUCUAUGAUGAGAUGGAGUUUGUCUUCACAGGAAAACAUGCUACUGGAGAGUUUAGUGUUCUUCAAACACCUUUUGAUUGCCCACCAAGACAAGAUGAUGAUAUCACUGGAAAUGGAAGACAAGGCCAAGAUCAAGUUGAUCCGGAUAAUGAUCCUUCAAAGCACUACGAUUCUGAUACUCUCCCAGAUUCUGAUAGCCCUCGCUCUAUUGGUUCCAAGCGUCGGGCUGAAGAUAACAAAGAGAAGAAAGGGAAGCGAGCCAAGCAUGAUUACGCCAUGGUUCAAGAUGUCACUGGUGUUAUGAACAACAUGUCUGAGACCAUGCGCUUCACUCAUGUUACUGAUCCAAAUGAGGGCAUUUACAAGAUCAUUGACAACAUGGAGGAGUAUCCUCUGCCAGUGCGCCUUGAUCUGCAGACUUACCUUGCUGAAAAUGUUAGGAUUGCUAGCAUGUUGAAGGGGCGGCCAGAGGAAAGCAUCAAAUAG